AUGGAUCCGAGACAACCACCACAGCAUCCCUUCUCGCGGAAUACUGCAUCUCCCUAUGGACGAACCCCUUUCCCUCCCUCUGCGAAUCAACCGCCAUUCCCUCCAUCCUCUCAUCCUCCAACUGCCGCGCCUACUUAUGCCGAACAUCAACGGCGACCUUCAGAACCUCCAUACUAUACCCCACAACGAAGCUAUGGUCAAGAAGGACCUUCAAUAGGCGGACCAGGUCAUUCGAGACAUCAGAGUGCAUCCUCGAUAGGCGGUCGAAACAUGCCUCCUCCCUCAUCUCCUCAGUCGCAACAUCACAGCUAUGGCCCACCUCCACCGCGAGGACCGCCUGUUUCUGUCGGUCCAGCACCAGCCUUCCCAUCUGGUCGCGAUCUGCCAACCCUCCCCCCAAUAGGUGGACGACUGCAAACUACUGGGAUGUCCAUUUCAUCUAUGCUUGGAGGCCCUCCAUCAACACGUGAACAACCACCGUCACAAUAUGGCUCUCCUAUUGUCACUUCCGCAGGACAGGCCUUCCCUGGCGCAACUCACGCAUCGCCGCGGAUGAGUGCAGCUUCGGAUUAUGCACCAUUUCGAAGACCUCAGACUCCCGAACAUCGACCUUACGAACCGCGAGAUAAUAGGGCAAACUCUGCAGGAUCUCCAUCAGGGAUGGGCACUUACUCUACACCCGAAGCACGAUCAAGAUUUGGAACUCCUGGGCGUCCUCAAGGCAUGCCCAUAGCCGAAGAACGUCGCGAACCAAUUCGCGUACCCAACCCAAAUGCAAUUCCACCUCGACCUAGUAGUCAGCCGAUUUACAAUGCCCCUGGCGCUCCUCCACAGCGUCGAGUCGAAAAUUCUCGAAAUCCACCAUAUCAGGAAGGAAUAUUUGGGAGAAGGCCGGAUAUAGAUCAAAGAUCGCAGCAGGAUGUGCGUCUUGUGGAUCGGGAAAAGGAGAGGGAUCGUCAACUUCUCAUAGACCUGGAAAGGGAGCGAGAACAUCGGGAAAGAGAAAGGGAACGGGAAUUACGGGAAAGAGAUCAACGGGAGAGGGAGCGAGAGCGAGUAGAGCCGGCAUAUCAGAGAGCUGGAUAUGAAGAUAGACAUACUGCGUACGGUUAUGCUGAGAGGGAAAGGCAAGAGCGUGAAAGGGAGAGAGAAGUAGCAAUACAACGGGAACUAGAGAUCAGGGAAAGAGAACUACAGGAGCGGGAAAGAGCUAUAGCUGAACAUGCUGUCCAACAGGACUAUGCACACCAGUUAGCUCAAAGGAAUUACAGCAGACCACCUGAGCCUCGCGAGCAGCCUUCAUGGAUGCGCCCUGAGCCUCCACGACCUUCAUAUGACCAACCCCCAGAACGGCCACCUCCCCAACAAGAGCGGCCUCCGAACGGCUACGAGUACCCAGCUUCAGCCGCCCCUCAAUACCGAGACCACCCAGCUUACACGCCCAGUGAGCCACGAUAUGCGGCCGUACCACAUCCUACUUCCGCACCUCCCCAGCAUAGCGCUGCAAGUGCCCCUCCGUUUGAAACGUAUCUCGAGAGAGAGCAAAGGGCUCAGGCUCAACUGCAUCAGCAGCAGCAGCAGCAGCAGUCUAUUUUUGGUGGGUCGUCUCAAAAUGGACCAUAUCAAGUUCAAGACUCUCCCAGGAGAAGGGACUUGGACGAUUCACAGCAAAUGCAACGGUCACGGAGUUUGCUUGGGGUGCAAGAGAUCAAUCGUAAAGGUCGUGUUUCUCCUCUUCCUCAGGCUGUUCAAGGUGCACAAGGUCAAAUAGGUGGACCAGGCGGUGAGCCAGGGAUUAAGAGUGAAUUUGGCAGGAUGUUUUCAGGGAUUGGGAGUGGUGUUGGUGCUAUGGGAAUUCCAAGCCCAGUUACAGCUGGUCCUCCGCCCCUAUCAUUUUCUGGUCAACUCCAUCGAGAGGAUGUCGAGAAUCUUCCAGGCCAGGAUUCGCCAAUGGAAAAUGGUGGGAAUAAACAGGUCCGAAGCGCAUCUCGGGGCGGCGGAUCAUCAAGGCGGCGAAAGCUGAAAGAAGAGGACAUCGGAGGCGAUGAUAGCAGUACUGGACGUCGUACACCAAGUAUCCGAGGAGGCAAGCGAUCCAAGACUCACCACCAUCACCAUCAUCAUCACCACCACCAUGCAGACAACACCUCCUCGCCUGUUCAAACACCUUUGAAAAACGCUACCAAAGCCUCCUCGGUCAUUCCCUCACCACCAGAUCAGGAAAGCAGAACCCCAAUCCUGCACCACCACCACAUCCCUGCGUCCCGCGUCCCGCAUCAUCAUCAUCAUCACAAGCCUUCCUCCCCGAAACCAACCAUUCCGCUUCCAAUACGCAAAAUUAAGAAUGAUGCCGUACUGGCAUCCGUCGCCGACAAACCGCGUCGACAUCUAGGGCACGCGUAUUAUUCUUCAGAACUCGCGCCCACAUCUUCGAAUUCUGCUUCAAAUGCCAGUGCUCGCGGCUUUGUGGGUACGGCUAACCCUUUACUUAAGUUUAAAGGAAAAGAAAACUGUACCUUUACAGUCAAAAUUGGAGCUAUGUAUUUGCAAGAUACAGCGCGCAGAGAAAUAACACACCGGCGCGCAAUUUGGGGCACAGACAUUUACACCGACGACUCGGAUGUUCUCUGUGCCUGCAUCCAUUCCGGGUACGUGCAGGGUUGUUUCAGCCCAGACAUAGGAGACGAAGUAGGGCUCAAGAUGUUGCUUGGUGAGGACUGCGUGCUGCCGCCGAUUGGGGAAUUGAUAAGUGAACCGCCGAAGACUGGACCGAGUUUGGUGCCCGAGGGGAAAGAGUUGCAUGUCACGGUGCUGAUAUUGCCGGCAUUGCUAGAGUAUAAAGGGAUGCAUCGAUUCGGGGUUAAGAGCCGAGCGUUCGCGGAAGGGGGAAGGGGGCAUGAUGGGGGUAGUUUCAUGGUGACCGGCGUCAAGUGGGUUAGCGGCUCUUCGGCCCAAAACGCAAAACCGAAUUCCAAAAAUAACACCAUUAUGCCCGAGCAGCUUUCUCAACAAGAACUCGAAGAAGAGGCUAUAUUUGCGCGACUCUUUAAUGGUGGUCCUGUGAACGGUUCUGCAGACGUUGAAGUUCCCGAGAGCAACGUCCGCUCGGAAGUGAGAGUUAGUCGAAGCGGUGAUAUUACAGGGAUUGGAAUGGGUAGUUGGUGGAAGAAAGCGGCACGAAUGGAAACGGCGCAAGGUAGAGAAAAGGGCAAGAAUGAUAUAGGAAAUGGCGAUGGCAAUGGGAAAGCGAAAGAGAGGAGUGUGGAUAUCCUUGCUGAGGCUGCUGCUUCUCUCCUUCCUCUCGAGACUACGACAAGUACAAGCAUAACUCCGCAGACUAUCGUUGAAAGGAUUACGGAGACGGUCGUUGAGAAUGACAAUGCGGGCGAGAGUGAUGCUGGUGGGGAUAGGGGUGAGGAGCAUGUGAAGAAGGAGGGAGUGACUGAGAGUGGAAGUGGGGUUGCUUGA